UUAGUUGAUGGGAAAGCGGCCAGAUUUCAAAAUGGCGACUUCACACUGUCGACUGCUCGUGUUUUUGCGGAAAAAUGCAGACGCCAUACCACAAAAGGCGAAUUUCACGCAGUGUAUACUGGAUUACUUUGGAGCAUGUGGAAGCACAAUGAGUCUGAGUUGCUCCCUGGAUGACAACAAGUUGAUAAUGUCGCAGCCAGUUGAUAAAGCAGAUGGCAUUGUCCUGAAGCAUCCACCAUUUUGUCCUUUGCACAACCUUCUCCCAGACCAAGUGGCUGACAUUCCAGACAGUACACUGCAUCGUGGGAUUGACGUCGGGGUGGCCACCCUCCUCUGGUCCUCAGAUCGCAAGUUGCUCCUGACGAGACGGGCAACCCACCUGAAGACCUUCCCAGGCGUCUGGGUGCCGCCUGGGGGUCACGCUGAGUUGAAUGAGACACUGACAGAGGCCGGUUUGAGAGAGUUGAAGGAAGAAACGGGACUGGAACUGAAAGUGGCAGACUGCCAACAAACACAGACCAUAGCACUCUGGGAGUCUGCCUAUCCACCAAUGCUGUCCCAUGGACUGCCAGUACGCCACCAUGUAGUCACCUACCAGACAGUGCAGGUGUCGGAGGACCAUCAUGCAUUGCAGCAGCAACUCAGGCUCCAAGUCAGCGAGGUCGGGGCCGCUGUCUGGCUGAGUGAGGGCAUGGUCCGUGCCAUUGGCUGUAGGGGGUCUGAUGAGAAUGAUGGAAGAGGAUUGCCCGAUGACCUGCCCAAGUUUAUCAGAGCGACAGCUAUCCAUCCCAGCACUCAUGAACAAGUCCAGCAUGAUAUCCCCACCUCGGUGCUGUUUGAAACAGCACCCUCUACUGGCAAAGAUGCAGAGAGGAUUAGCACAGGCACCAAGUUUGCCAUCGAGCAGUGGUGCCAUUUGUAUCCAGGGGAAAGCUGACAAUGAGCGGCAUUAAACCAGUGGCGGAUCCAAAGAGACUCAACCGGCUCAUUCCCUCACUCCCUUUUUAAAGGGAGACACAUUUCCCUUAUUUGUUUGCCCUGAAUCGGUUAUUUAACAACUUAAAAUACAGCAAGUCUUACUGAAAAUAUUCUCCACCUCCACUUGUAUUCAGACUCACCUCCAUUUCAGGCACCACCUUUUUGUAAACUCUGGGUUCCCUCUCUUUGUAAAUGCUGGACCUGCCCAAUUUGAAACUCUUCCUCGUGAAAGUAGAGAUAUUUUCCGUUCAUGAUGUAGUGAAGGAAAAGGUGUAUUUGACAUUUGAAAUGAGCGUACAUGUAAUUGUUGAUAGACUGGAGGCAUCAUUUUGUAUGUAAUAUGCCUUUGCCACCUCUUUCUGAAUGUGUUAGAUGUUAGAGCGGAUAACGCAUUCAAAUCUUAUUUAUUGGUCACUGUCUUUGCAGCCCUGUGGCUAAAGUGAAAACAGCAUUACAAAAAAUUUAAAUUUACAAUCAAGAAAACUAAAAAGCAACAUAGUAAAAAGGCAACUUGAAUCUUGAUAAAAGGUUAGAUAAAAAGCCCAAAAUGUAAAUGUUUUAAUACUGUUAGUUUUGGUAUCGGAGAAAUGGAGGUGCAGUUUGAUUUACUACUAUUAAAACAUUGGGUUAAAGCUUAACUACGAGGCAGUGGGACCAGAAGUCAAAUAGAAAUCUGCAACUUGGUCAACCUCUGAAUUUCACAAUGUUUUCAUUUAUUUUUAAAAAGGCAAUUUCGUCACCUUUUGCACGAAGGGACAGGCAUAUUGAAAAAAAACUUUUCGAGUUAAUCUCACAAGAAGGUUUACCUGUUUAAAACUGCAAAAAGUACCACUUUGCAACAACUUUAUGCAUUAAGGAAACUUUCACAUUAUUAUCCGAAAAGUAAACUUUACAUGAAACAAGUGACAAGAAUGAACACAGUGGUUAAUGAGCCAAAAUGAAGAUCUCUGUCCCCUUGUGAAAAGGAAAAUCCAUCUGUUCAAGCAGCUGUGAAUGUAACAAAAAUGCCUGUCCCUUCUGGAAAUGAAAAUCUCAGUUGGCCUACUUUUGCACCAUUCUGGGCAAUUUGUUGGUAUGUAUUCAAGGGGUAGGAAUGUUUGCAUUUCUUUGUGAAAAAGCAAAAUGCAAUUAUCGAGACGCCUGCUCCUGGGAACGUAAAAUGGUUUGAAAGUACCAUGCUAUUUUUUUAAAGCUAAAUAGUAAGAAAAAUCGAAAUAGCUUUUUCUCAUUUUGACAAGCGUGUCUGUUCAUGAAAACAAUGACGAGUUGCAUGGAAAUAAAGUGUGAGGACUAUCCAUGUAGAUUGGUUUUACUAAUUUUAUUGGCAUAUUUGUAAUUGCAUAAACACUGAAUAUAUAUAUGUGGAAUAAAAUGAACAAAGCUCUCAUAGACA